UUAUUGUUAUUACGGAGUAAAAGGGAGCGUGACAUGUUGAAGUUGGUCGUUUGAGCUUGCGCAUUACUUCAGCAUCACCAUCUCCCUACACUUCCUUUCUAAACACAAAACUUGACCAUUACAUUCUCUCUCCUCUUGUCCUAAAUUCUUUUUGAUUUCCCCUCAAAAUUCGUACUUAUUUAAUCAAUUUUGUUUCUCUUAAACCCUCAAAAAACAUCAAAUUAAUCGUUAAACAAAACUUAUUGAUCGGUUUUCUUCAAUAAAAUAAUUGGGAUUGAAUUUUCAAUUAAUUUUCCCAUUCUUGCUUGCUUGCUUGUUGUCUUCAACAAUCACUCCUUUUUUUGGUCGUUACAUUGCUGUAAAGUAGAAAUCAACCUCCUCCCCACUACACUACACUAUUCUCUUCUUCUUCUUCUUCCUUAUUUUUUUCUGGGUUUUUUACUUUUUCAAAAAAUAUACUUAGCUUCUGUUGGUUGAGGGACCCCGAGUUGACUCAGUAUUAGUGCGGUGUUUGGUGGCGGCUCAGCUCAGACAUAAAAGGAAGUAUUAAUAAAUAGCAACACUGUUUUGGUAAUCAAAAUUAUUUCCAAAUUUGUUGGUAUGAUUUUAUGGUUUUGGUAGUUUUUGAUUUUUCAAAUGUGGGUCGUUUUUGGUUUGUUUUGCUGUUAGAGAGAGAAACAAGGUUUGAUUUUUUUCCCCCCCCUUCUUCUCUGGGGUAUUUUUCAUGGCUCCUGCUGGAAGAAUUGCUGAAUUUCAACGUGAAGGCAGUGAUUGGUUUGCCAAGCGACAUUACAGUUAUUGUGGAAGGAGUAAAUUUUCAAUUGCACAAGUUUCCUCUUGUAUCAAGAUGUGGAAAAUUGGAUAAAGAACUAGAAGAUUCUGAAGAUAAACACAAGCAAUCUUCCACCAUAUUCCUGGAAGGAUUCCCUGGGGGUCCUGACACUUUUCUCAUAGCUGCUAAAUUCUGCUAUGGACUUCGUAUUGAUUUGACUCCAAGGAACAUUAUGAUGAUUUAUUGUGCUGCUGACUAUCUAGAGAUGACAGAUCAAUAUGGCUCGGAUAACUUGUUAUCUAGGUGUGAUAGCUUUUUCCACAAGAACAUACUUCGUAACUGGAAGGACUGUAUUGUUGGCCUUCAGAAUGCUGAACCCAUCAUACCAUUGGCAGAGAAGCUUCAGCUAAUUAACAAAUGCUUGAAUGCCGUAUCCACAAUGGUUUGUACAGAUCCAAGCUUGUUUGGAUGGCCUAUGAUGAUGUAUGGUAGCCUACAAAGCCCUGGUGGGAGCAUACUGUGGAACGGAAUUAAUACUGGUGCAAGAAUAAGGAGUGCAGAAUCGGAUUGGUGGUACGAAGAUAUAUCGUAUCUGUGCAUUGAUCUGUUUGAAAAACUUAUUAAAACAAUGCAAGCGAGAGGCAUAAGACCUGAAAGUAUCGCUGGUGCUAUAAUGUACUAUACUAAGAAAUUCCUACCAGGACUUGGACGAUGGCAGGGUGGACAUGGUGGUAGAACCCGAUCAGUUGCAAGUUUUAGUUUGACUCCUGUAACUGUUGAUCAAAAGGCUCUGUUGGAAACUAUUGCAAAGUUGCUCCCUGAAAAAAAGAGUAAAUCUUAUUGUCGCUUCUUGUUGGGAAUUCUUCGUACCGCUUUGAUUUUGGAUGUUAGUGAAGAAUGCAAGGACUAUUUGGAGAAAAGAGUUGGAAUGCAACUUGAACUGGCAACACUAGAUGGUCUUCUGAUUCCUACUUACUCAGACUCUGAAACCUUGUAUGACACAGAUUGUGUUCAGAGGAUUAUCCAGCAUUUCGUGUCAUCGGAGCAAAGAGUUCCGGUAUUUUCUCCUUGUUCACCAGAAAUAGGAGCAACACCGUCAUCUGAACCAUUAAGGCAAGUGGCAAAAUUGGUGGAUGGGUAUAUUGCAGAGGUUGCUUCUGAUGUGAACUUGAAACCAGAUAAGAUACGUGCCCUUGUAGAGGCUCUUCCAGAAGACUGUAGACCUUUCCAUGAUGGCCUAUACAGAGCUGUUGACAUAUAUUUCAAGGAUCAUCCUUACCUAUCAGACAAAGAGAAAGAACGAGUCUGCAACAUGAUUGACUACCAAAGACUCUCCAUUGAUGCAUGCGCUCAUGCAUCCCAAAAUGAAAGACUCCCCCUUAGAGUUGUUCUUCAGGUUCUUUUCUUUGAGCAGAUGCAUCUAAGAACUGCUAUUGCUGGUUGUCUCCAUGUUGGGGACCCUGAAAAUCGCCCAACUAAUCCUGAUACCGCACAAAAUGCAUUGGCGGGACAGAUAAUCCAGAGAGAUGGAUGGGUGUCAGUUGUGCGCGAAAAUGAUGGUCUAAAAGGAGACAUGGAGAGGAUGAGAUCCAGGGUUGAGGAGCUGGAAGAGGAAUUCAGUAAAAUAAAGCAGGAGAUGAGAAAAGUGAGCAAAUCACAUAGCUCUCCUCGCUUAGUUGCUUGGAGAAUUGGCUGCACUCGAUCUUCUAAUGCUCAAACAGAUAUUGCUGAACCCAGUCCAAGGGCAUCACUUGACCAACCUAAAUAUUCCCGCCAUCGUAAAAGUUUCUCUUUGUUCCAGUGAAAACUAUAAGAGCCAUAAGCCAUUACAGGUUGACAAGUGAUCAGGUGGAAAAAACGACUACAUCCUGGUUUUCUUUUCAUGAAAGAGAAAGACGGUUGUUUUCUGGGGAAUGGGAUAUUAUACUGGUGAUCACUCAAGUGUGGGAAACAAAGGAAAUUUUGCCUGUUUGAAUCAAAUUACAGCUCUUGUGCAAAAGAUGCAUUGUGGGAAUACUGAAGCGUUUGUGUUUGUGCUUUCUUCUGAAGAGGAUCGACUGGACUAAAAAUGAGGUUUUUGUUUGGGUGAUUGGCUUCUGGGUCUGGAUUUGUGCGGAAUUAUUGGCAUGGUUAAGCCUUCAAUUCCACUUAAUUCCAUUUCCAGCAGGAAUGAAGUUAUAUUAGAACCAACGCCUUUGCCCGUCAGUUUUUGUAUAGUACAACUUAUAUGUUUUUUUUUUUUUUUUUCCUACUACGAGGAGUUCCCACCGAGGUAAUCUCCCGUGGGAGUUUGCAUGGGUACCUCGAUGGGCAGCAUCCCUCCCAGUUGAGAUUCUUUCCAUUCCCAAGGCUCGAACCUGAGACCUUGGUUAAGGACCACUCAUGCCAACCUCAAUUGGUAUAGUACAAAUUAUAUGUACAUUGCAUGUUUAUAAGACAAUUAAAUAUAUGAAAGCUACAUGUUAUGAAAA